AUGCAACUUGGAAUCUCCAUUAUUCGCUCUGCACCGGAUGCGUCCGAGGACAAUCGUAGCCGUCAAUCACGCUCUAGCCGCACGGUCAUGGUUCAUCAACCAGGGUUUAGGGCCUGUCUCUUGAGAAAUCAAGGAAACAGAGAUUUGACGUCUCUCAGUGACUGCAUAGCCGCUCGUUGUGAUAGCUUGCUUCUGGGGAAGUCUCACAUAAUAAACCUUUCCAAAAAUAGGCGUAUGCCGUUUAAAAGCAGAGAGAACACGAUAUUCUUUAGUAAAAGGCGAAAGAAUAGUUCGCUAUGCCCUCACUGCACGGCUCCCCCAUUUCAGUUAAGCCCAACUAUGUUGUUAAUGUUCUGCCAUGACGGAGCUAGAUUGAAAGGAAUGAAUCCUAGAAAUGCUGAAGAAAGAAAGUACAGACAAGCCGAGGGACUCGUGACACCGCAAUUUCUUUCUAUUCCUGGUUCUCCAAUUGAUCUCACAAAAUGUUGGUCAUCACUCCUCAACAUUCAAGGUUGUAAAAUCGAGAUCUUUAAAUCUGUUUUUAAGUGGAAUGUUCUCCUAUCAACGCAGCCACUCCUACACACAAAUGAAAGUAACUACAAAACCUGUCAGACCGCCGUGCGACCACCCCAGCAAGGUAGAACCGAACCGAGUAACGAUCCUCUACAGCACCGAAUGCGUCCGAGGACGAUCGUAGCCGUCAAUCACGCUCUAGCCGCACGGUCAUGGUUCAUCAACCAGGGAGAAGACGGUGCCUCCGACGGUGGAAAUGAAAACGACGAAGAUGUCGGCAUGUUAAGGGAUGGAGGUUACGUGAUUGUUUCUUAA